UCCUCCUCCUCGCCCUUCUGGGAGUGUGUUUGUGUUUGACAAAGAAAUUAUUGGCGCUCCCCCCCCCCUCGCCACCCCGUCUCAUAAAAAAAGGAAACGGAAUAGCAGUUUUGACAUAUGGAUGUGAUUUUUCGGCUCUGGGACAGAUGUGCUCACACAAGACAAACAGCCACCGGGAUCUGAGCUUUUUUUUUUUUCCUGCACUGGGGGAGUCGAGCCCUCUUCUUCACAGGGACCUCUCUGCUCUCCCCCCUCCUUCCGGGCCGCGCUUCUGCAACAGCUUAGACUUUCAGCCAUGAGAAAGCGGGGCAAAGGUUUGGGUUUCCUCACCUUCUGCCUUUCCGGCUAACCCCAUCAGCCAGCGGGGAAGUGGGCAGAAGAGCAACGACAGGCGCCCAUCUCUGGUUGAUCCUUCGCCAGCCUGCUGAGGAACCCUUGGAUGUUGCACGAAGCCUCUCUUGGCUAUGGGAUCCUCUCUGGUCUAUCAAAGCCUCGGACUGAUCCUUUGCUGCUCCCUUGUUAGUUCUGCUGACAUUCGGGACGAUCCCGAUGACGUUUUGACGAAGGAGGAACAGAUCUUCCUGCUGCGAAAAGCCAAGGCCAAGUGUGAGCGCCAUUUGAAAGCCAAAGGACCCCGAGUGCAUGAUGGCUUCUGCGUGCCUGAGUGGGAUAACCUCAUCUGUUGGCCUGAAGGCGUCCCUGGCAAGCUGGUGGCUAUGCCCUGUCCAGAGUACAUCUAUGACUUCAACCAUGAAGGCCAUGCCUAUCGGCAGUGUGACAUGAAUGGCAGCUGGGCGUUGGUGCCCAGCAGCAAUCUCACCUGGGCCAACUACAGUGAGUGUGCCAAGUUCCUUGACACCAACAGAACGGACAGGGAAGUCUUCGACAGACUCUAUUUGAUUUACACUGUUGGCUAUUCCAUCUCGUUGGGUUCCUUGACUAUUGCAGUCCUUAUCCUUGGCUACUUCAGGCGCCUCCACUGCACGCGGAAUUAUAUCCAUAUGCACCUGUUUGUCUCCUUCAUGCUUCGAGCCAUCAGCAUCUUUGUGAAGGAUGCAGUCCUCUACUCUGGCUCAGCCCUGGAGGAGAUGGAGCGCAUUUCCGAAGAAGACUUGAAGUCAGUCACUGAGGCACCUUUGACGGACAAGUCUCCUUUUGUGGGCUGCAAGAUCGUCGUUAUCUUGUUCCUUUACUUCCUGGCCACCAACUACUACUGGAUCUUGGUGGAAGGCCUCUACCUCCACAGCCUGAUCUUCAUGGCGUUUUUCUCAGAGAAGAAGUACCUUUGGGGGUUCACGUUAUUCGGCUGGGGACUCCCGGUGGUCUUUGUCACAAUCUGGGCUACCUUAAGGGCCACAUUAGCAGACACCGAAUGCUGGGAUUUAAGCGCCGGCUAUUUCAAAUGGUUUAUUCAAGUGCCAAUACUAAUAACUGUGAUGGCAAACUUUAUUCUUUUUAUCAAAAUUAUCAGAGUUCUCGCAACGAAACUCCGAGAAACAAAUGCUGGGAGAUGUGAUACAAGACAACAAUACAGGAAGCUGCUGAAAUCAACCCUGGUCCUUAUGCCUUUGUUUGGAGUUCAUUAUAUAGUUUUUAUGGCCGUGCCAUACACAGAAGUGUCAGGGAUCCUCUGGCAAAUUCAGAUGCACUAUGAAAUACUCUUCAACUCUUUCCAGGGAUUUUUUGUGGCUAUCAUCUAUUGCUUUUGCAACGGGGAGGUCCAAGCCGAAAUCAAGAAGUCAUGGAGCAGAUGGACGUUAGCGCUUGACUUUAAAAGGAAGGCCCGCAGCGGGAGCACCACCUACAGCUAUGGGCCAAUGGUAUCCCACACCAGUGUCACUAACGUAACCCCAAGAGGGGGGAUCGCCCUUCAUCUCAACACGAAACUCAUUCCAGGAGCCCUCAACGGACACCGGAAUUUGCCAGGAUAUGUCAAAAAUGGCUCCAUUUCAGAGAACUCCAUGCCUUCUUCUGUGCCAGAACAGUAUAAUAAAGAGGAGGAGUACCUCAAUGGCUCAGGACUCUUCAAUGGAGACAGGCCGACGGUACUCGUCGAGGAAGAAAAGGAGACCGUAAUGUAAAUUUUCAAAAAAAGGAGGAAAUGGUUAACUAUUCAAAUGAGGAGUUCCCAGAAAGCACCGAGUGUUCCGAAGAAUACCCAGUUAAAUCAGUGGAUGCCGAGGGACUGUGGACCUUUUUUCUGGAACAAGAAGUCAAAAGUUCUCUGGGAAAUGUAGGCUGUCUGUCUGAUCACAGACUCUUUGCUCCAUGGUCUGCUCUCCCAUGGGAUUAAUGAAGGUUAGAGAUCUCUACCAGCAGGGUUUGUCAUGCUGUUGGAAAAUGAAGGAGAUACUUCUAGUUUACAAAGACUUACCAGUGGUUCUCUAAAGUUUAUGUGUGACUUCGAAGCAAUGGGAAUUGGCCAUGUGUCAGGACUUGGUGCAAAGAAAGCAAAGGGUAGAGCACCGUGUCCUUGGGCGGUACAAACUGUCCCAAGGCAUUCACGGGCCUUGCCAAGCUUGGGUGUUCCUGUUAUUGUAAUCAAAUUGAUUUUGCCAUGUGGUGUAUCCACUCAGAAUGGGCUGGGGCCACUGGAUCCUGCUGGCCAGUUGUCGCUAACUGGCAUAGGUUUCUGUGGUGGGGCUGAAUUUUUGUUCCCUCUUUGAUUCAUAUCCAGUUCUCUCAAGACUCAGCUGUAUGUUUCUACAGGAAUCUGAAAACUUCUUCCAUCUAAAUAGCAUGUUCUUUAUGGCAACUCGCUUUAAUAACUACCAAAUGGGAACCAAGUGGGCCCUUGGUCCAAGUCGAGUCUCAAUGUGAGAAAGGAGCAAGCACAGUUACGGGAAAGUCACUUAGCAGGUUGGCCCAAACGUCAUGUCUGUAUCAUUCUUCCAUCUUCUAGGGGUGCGACUGCACUACAAAAUUAAUUUGGUUGCACACCAGUUUAAGUUUCAUAGCUUCUCUUCCCCCAAAGAACCCUCGAAAUAGUCAUUUGGUAACCUUGCCGAGGAUUCUCAGUUGGAGACCUCAUGCCCUCUGAUAGAACUACAGUUCCCAGGAUUCCUCGGAGAGAAAGAAUGACUUGUAGCAGUUUAAGUCGGCAGUGUAGACACACACUAAAAGUGAGUGGGAGAAGUAGAAUUGGAAGGGUCCACUGGGUGUUGGUAUGUUUUAAUAUAAAUGCUAUAUGGAGUUCAAGUCAUUUGUAACGCUUGCAGGACUUGUCCACCUUGUAGAUGAGGUGGAACUGCAGUAAAUUUCCAAAUGUCUCUGAUGUCCAGAUGCUAGACUGUGUAUAUUCCAUAAUGGGUAAAUGAGACCCAGUGUUGAAGAGGAUUAGCUGGAGCCAACUAUAACAGGAGGUGAGGAUGUAUGGAGCGGACCAGGGGUGUUAGGCACAAUGAACUGUCCAAUUUGCCCAAAUAAUUUAUCUUGGCCCUUCCCACCUACCCCAAAACCACAAUUCUGAAUAGUCUACCUCUCCUACCAUUUCACCUUUGAAGACCUGUUCACAAGAACAUUUUGAACAUGGUGAUCGGUAGCAAGAUGGCCAAUGCUGGUGUCUUUGAAAUGUUCUGAGGGUCCCCCUUUCAGCCCCUCACAGCCUGCAGAAAUCAUGGCAGGAGCGACCUAAGUGAUAGCAAUCCACUGAAAAUACGGCUGAGUAGAUCAUCUUGCGAACUGCUUUCUGCAUUGGGAGAUGAUAAGCCCUGAAGGUGCACAGGACUUGGUGAGUUACAGCCCGAUGCUAACUGUGUUGACCCAGGUUAGGAUGCCGUGGCUGCAAUCCUGAGAACCCUUGCCUGGGAGUAAUAAAACGGGACUUCCUUUAGAGUAGACCUGAUUAGGAUUGCAGUCUUAGCAUGGAUCCCUAUGGGGAAUAUCUACAUUAUAUUGGCUUUAUACCACUUUAAGUGUCCUGACUCGUUGCAAAGAAUCCUUGGAAUUAUAGUUUGGUGAGGAGAAUCUCAGAGCCAAGCUACAAGUGACGCCUGACACAGGUUGGA